AUGAAACUCUCAACUCCAACUACAUCUUGUUCAAAUGUAUCUCCAUCAACUUCUUCCAACACACCAAUGUGUAGCUCCAAAAGCACCACUACAGGCUGUUUCACAGCCAUCAUGCACAAGAUUCUCUGUUCUGGAAAUCUUCCAAAAGAUUCAUCCAAUCAAGUUACCGAAUUUGAUUCAACAAACUCUGUUCUGAGUGGAAAAGAUCAAAACUUUGAUGCUGCUGUUACUCCUCCUCCUCCAUUAGUGGCAAGGCUAAUGGGUUUGGAAUCAAUGGGAGAGAUAGAGAUACCUUUUGCGUCCAAACCGGGAUCACUUUCGCGUAGCAAAUCGAUGAACUCUAUGGACUAUUUGGGAGAGAGCAAUGGAAAAGUUCAGAGUCUGAAUCAUAAGAGAGUUAGUUCAACAUUGUCAUUUAGGGAAGCCCCGACUUUUCGAUUAAGUGAAAAUGAUAACUUUUUUGUGCUUAGCUUUGAAAAUGAAGUUGAGAAUUGUAAAGCAUUGAAAUCCAAUGGGAGAAAAAAGCAAACGGGUUGUUCGGAAUCGAAGCAGAAAGUGGCAGCAAAAGAUAGAACUGAACUAAAGGAAAAUGUUUAUGAUGAGAACGAUUUGAUUGAGAAAGAGAAAACGAGCAAAAGGGUGUCGAAUAAACUUCAAGAAAUCACCAACACUUUGCAUCGGUUCAAGGAUUCGUCUGAGAACAAGUGUUUUGAUUCAGAAGCAGUUGAGUUGUUGAAGUCGAGGAACUAUAACGAAUCUGUGGUUGGUGAAAAGAUGAAGAAGAGGAAGAGAAUUAGGAAAAAGAGAACAAAUUGUUAUGCAGAAAAGAAGGUAGAAACUGAAUGUGUUAAAUCAGAAGAUUCAAGUCCUGUUUCUGUUCUUGAAUUCGACCGCAAAUCUUGUGCAGCAGGCAUAGAUUCUGUUGCAGUUGGUUCGAUUUCAAGAAGAAAGUUGACACCAGAGCUUGAAAAGGGAAAGCAUAUUCUUAUGCGAUGUGAUGAUAAUUUGAUGAUUGAUGAGAACAAGGAUAAGGAAAUUGAGAAGAACAAAUGUGAAGAAACAAAGAAGAGAGAGAAGAAGGUGAAGGAGUAUAUAGGGAUUUGGGGUGAAGCAAGCAAGCUAGUUGAAGAUGAAUUGGCAGGUUCGAAGAACCAAUUAGUUGAUGCAUGGAUUAAAGAACAAUGUGCUGAUUUUGAGUCAAAAAUUUUUGAUCAAUUGUUGAAUGAAGUGGUAAGUGAACUUGUUGGGUAA